UCCACAGAUGGCGGCGCGUCCUUAAGUGGCGGUUGAUGGCGGUUAACGGCUUAACGGUGGUGCGCGUUACAACAACUGUUCGGGUGCCGCGAAAUCGUGUCGGAAAACGAUGAAUUCGUACAAUUUGGCGUGUUUCUUAAUAGGUUUGGCAUGCGGCCUUUUUCACCGGUGGCAUGUCUCUACGUUGUUUGAAAACGACCGACACUUCUCGCAUUUGUCCGAGAUGGAAAGAGAAAUGUCCUUCCGCACGGAAAUGGGGAUGUACUAUUCUUAUUAUAAGACGAUCGUGGAAUCGGAGACGAUCUGGGAUGGAUUGGGAAAAAUCACUCACGACAAUAUUUCGGAAUACGGGACAGUUAUUAACGCAGCUAGAAAAUAUAGCUUGUUGCCAGAGUUGUUAGCUGGGAGUCUUUAUCACUGGGCCAAAAGUCUGGACAUCACAUUUGUUAAGCAGUGUUGGCAAAUAAAAAGAGGCGAGGGUUUGUCACCGGUUACCAGUUGCGAAGGACUGGGGGUGCCAAUUUAUUUUUACUUAGAAAUGGUUUGGUCCGCCAGCGUGUUCACGGCAUGUGUACUUUUCUGUUAUUCCGCGUAUCUGGGGAACAGUCUCAGCAGUGGUAUUAUUGCCGUGUUACUUUUCUUCUACAACCACGAUGAGUGCACUCGUGUACAGUGGACUCCACCUCUUAGGGAAAGUUUCGCGUACCCUGCUCUACUGGCUCAGAUGUAUGCAUUGACCAUGAUCCUCAGGGAAGGCACUGUACGUGAAGUACAAAAAGUGCGCAGAAAUUUACUUCAGAUGAUGGGUAUGGCCACCGUGAUCAGCCUGUGUUGCUGGCAGUUUUCACAUUACGUGUUCACCACACAAAUCAUCGCGUUGUUGAUUCUAAAAUGGAUGAAGAUAAUCUCUAACUUUUUAUACUUGGCUAUUUGCGUAGUCCACGCCUGGUCCAUUGGGAUAGCAAUGUGCAUCACCGACGGAACCGCUCUACAUUACUCUCUGUACCUGUGUUUUCUACUUACUAGCAGCGUCUUCAGUCUAUUGACAGAAAGACUGUUCCCGUUCCUGGCUACGGAGCUGCAAACUUCCAUGGAAGUCGUCCUCACCGUCGCUUCCACCCAAUAUUUAAAAUCUAUUUACAACAUGCUGUCCGAGGAACACGCGCACGUAUUCGACCUGCUGAGAGCGAAGCUGACCGGAUACAAGAACUUCCAUACGAUGUUGUACACCUGUUCCCCAGAAUUUGACUUUCUUCCAUACAGGAGCUACGAGACAAUCACGUUGACGCUACUCCUGCCGACUGCUGUACUCGCGGGCAUCCUCGCGGUCUAUUUUUGGUACAGGAAUUACAGGAACAAAGGAUAUCCCAAAUGCGUGGAGGCGGACGUGGCGUACAAUGGAUUGCAGACCGGGGCCUUCAUCCUUAUGGCUGUGUUCAUCAUGAGACUGAAACUUUUUAUGAAUCCGCAUCUUUGCAUCAUAGCCGGCACCGUUUGUUCGAGUAGAUAUCUGGAGAAGGUCGGUGUUAAGAGUGGUGCAACGAGGAUUCUGAUCACUCUCUUGCUGAUAUCGGCGAUGUCGUAUUAUGGGUUAGCCAGGUUCCAGGACGAGCGGAAUGUCAUGGGCGAGUACAGCAACAUUGAACAAGAGGAGCUCUUUGAGUGGAUCAAGAAGUCGACUCCCGAACGCGCGGUGUUUGCCGGGAAGAUGUCCCUGAUGGCGAACCUGAUGCUCUCCACUGGGAGACCCAUCGUGAACAACCCUUACUACGAGAGCAAGGAGAUGAGAGACCGGACGAUGAAGGUCUACGAAGUCUUCAGCAGGAAGGACAUCUCGUCCGUGUACUUCACGUUGAAGAAGCUAAGCGUCGAGUACAUCGUCUUGGAGGAGCCUCAGUGUUUCGGAUACGCGAAUCUUCGAACUGGGUGCCAAAUGAUCGAUCUGUGGGACCAGGUGGACAACGGGACGUCGAAAGCAGCCGUGAGACAACCGCUCUGUCCAGUCCUGUUCCAGGGGAAUGCUUAUCCUUUCAAGAGAGUCUUCGCGAACGGUCAUUACGUCGUUCUGCGACUCGACUAUUCGUAUUACGUCGAGUUAAAGCCAAAGAGUUCUCUCCUUUAUCAAUCUUGAUUCGCGCGACCGAUGACAUUAAGUGGAACCGAAGUACCUCGCGAGAUCGUAGUAUAUUUUUUAUCGAAACGUGGGUGCGAGCCAAAGGA